AUGCCAUUCUUUGUGAAGUGGUCCAAGAAACGUUUAUCACGGCUCUGACUGAACAGGGGGGUGAACUGGCGAACAGUCACUUUCGUCUGUUCGUCUCCUCUCUCUCCGAGUCACACACACACGCACCCUCACACACUUUUUUUUAAAAGAAUCCCUCAAAUCGGCUGACAGGAUAGAAUGAAAAUGAGGCUGACACUUGGUCAUUUUGUUAGUGCAAGCGCGUCCUUGCAAAGAGACACCUAGCUUUGGAUCAUAUCACUAUGGGAGCUGUUUGUUUUGCACGGGACUUCUGUUUGUUUUUCCUCUUGUUAAAUACUCGUCAAGGCACUGCGAGUGCCAGGAAUCAAGAUGUGGAUCAUUGCUCUGGAGGAAGUGAUGGCUGUCAUGUAGAUGCGAUUUGUCAAAGUACCCCAACAUCUUACAAAUGUACAUGUAAACCGGGUUACAAGGGAGAUGGAAAAUACUGUGAAGACAUUGAUGAAUGUGAUAUUGAGUACAAUGGAGGCUGCGUACAUGAAUGUAACAACAUUCCAGGCAAUUAUCGCUGCACUUGCUAUGAUGGAUUCAAGCUAGCACAUGACGGACAUAAUUGUCUAGAUGUGGAUGAAUGUAUGUUCAACAAUGGAGGGUGCCAGCAGAUUUGUGUCAAUACCAUGGGCAGCUAUGAAUGUCGCUGUAAGCAAGGCUUUUUCCUCAGUGACAACCAGCACACCUGUAUUCACCAAACUGUGGAGGGGCUGAGCUGUAUGAACAAGGAGCAUGGCUGCACACACAUUUGCAAGGAGACGCCGAAAGGAGGAGUUGCCUGCGAAUGCAGACCUGGGUUUGAACUCGCCAAAAACCAGAGGGGCUGCAUCUUGACCUGCAACCAUGGGAAUGGAGGCUGCCAACACUCCUGUGAGGACACAGAUCUGGGACUGAUCUGUCGAUGUCACCAGAGGUUCGUCCUGCACUCAGAUGGGAAAUCAUGUGUAGAGAGAAGUGAGGCUGGAGCAGAGACCUCAGACCACAAUGCCACUUCGCUUGCUGAGGUGGACAAGCGAGUGAAACGCCGACUGCUCAUGGAAACCUGUGCUGUGAACAAUGGGGGCUGCGAUCGCACUUGCAAAGAUACGUCCACUGGCGUCCGCUGUAGUUGUCCCGUCGGAUUCACGUUGCAGCCGGAUGGGAAGACCUGCAAAGACAUCGACGAGUGUGAGUUCAGUAAUGGAGGCUGUGACCAGUUCUGUAGAAACACAAUUGGCAGUUUUGAGUGCAACUGCAAGAAAGGAUUUAAGCUGCUAACAGACGAGAGGUCUUGCCAAGAUAUCGACGAAUGCUUUUUUGAAAGGACAUGUGAUCACACUUGUGUGAAUUAUCCAGGAAGCUUUGAAUGCGUGUGUAACAAAGGCCACAUGCUUUAUGGCUUGGCUCAUUGUGGAGAUAUUGACGAAUGCAGUGUGAACCAUGGGGGUUGUCAGCAUUCCUGUGAGAAUACCAUUGGAGGAUACGAGUGCCAUUGCAACCCAGGCUACAGGCUUCACUGGAACAAGAAGGACUGCAUUGAAGCAGAAGGUUUUCCAGCAGCUAAAGCGCCUUCUAAACCCAUAUUAAACUGCAGCAAACAGGAAGGCAGUGAUUGCUGUUUUUUGACAUGCCAGUCUCAAGUGCACAUCUCCUCUGGUCCAGAAGAUUCCUAUACACUGACCUGCGGAACACCUUUAUCUUGUGUCAGCAGAGGGCAAGGAAAUGGAAAUCACUAUAAUUGUGUGGGAAUAGAUUCUACAAGCAUUCCACGAAUUAAGACAACUGCCACUUUUAAAUCCAGUUCUGGAAAGUGCACUUUAAACAGAAGUCAAGAGAAGCUUCAGGAGGGCUUGAGUGCUUCUCUCUCAGACAGAAAAGCCCCCUACACCGAAAACGUGCAGUUCAGCUUCGUCAGCCUGCAGUGUCAUUCUGUGAGCAAAAAGUCACAGAACCGCCAGGGGAGGAAGGCCGGAGAGGAGGAAGGGUCGUCCAUUACUGCGGAGUUUGAGCUGGAAAUGAACCUAGAGGAGGUAACAGAAUCGUGCGACCUGGGCUGCGUGCGCAGGCGGUCGGAGAAGAGGCUCCGGAAAACCAUCCGGACUCUGAGGAAAUCCAUCAACCGGGAACAGUUCCACCUGCACUUUUCUGGGAUGGAAUACGAGCUGUCAAAGAAGCUGACCAAGCCCUUGGGUUUGCCCGAGCAAUGUGGGACUGGCCAGGUGCUGGUGGACAAGAAAUGUGUCAGCUGCAGUGUUGGGUCGUACUAUGAUGUUGAGCAGGGGAGGUGUGUUCCGUGUCCUCCUGGCAUGUACCAAGAUGAGGAAGGGCAGCUCUCAUGUGAAGUGUGUCCAGGUCCUGAGAUGACAGGGCACUCGCGGCCUGUGGGGGCUCGUAACAUCUCCGAAUGUGGAGGGCAGUGUCCUCCUGGCCAAUAUUCUUACGACGGAUUCCUGCCGUGCCAGCCCUGCCCACUGGGCACCUACCAACCCGACGUGGGGCGCACUUCCUGUUUCCCUUGUGGAGGAAGCCUAGUCACCAAGCAUGAUGGAGCAGAGUCCUUCCAGGACUGUGAAACAAAAGUUCAGUGCUCACCGGGCCACUUCUAUAACAGCACCACACACAGGUGCAUCCGUUGCCCGAUAGGGACGUACCAGCUGGAGUUUGGGCAGAAUUACUGUGUGGCCUGUCCAGGAAACAUCACCACCGAUUUUGAUGGAUCAACCAAUAUAACACAGUGCAAAAACAGGCACUGUGGUGGAGAACUGGGAGAUUUUACUGGCUACAUUGAGUCACCAAAUUACCCUGGCAACUACCCAGCAAAUAUUGAAUGUACGUGGACUAUAAACCCCCCACCAAAGAGAAGAAUUCUUCUUGUUGUUCCUGAGAUCUUUCUCCCCAUUGAGGAUGAAUGUGGAGACUAUUUAGUUAUGAGGAAAAGCCCUUCCUCAAACUCUGUGACAACGUACGAGACCUGUCAGACAUACGAGCGCCCUAUAGCUUUCACUUCUCGGUCCAAGCGAUUAUGGAUCCAGUUUAAAUCCAAUGAAGGAAACAGUGGAAAAGGCUUUCAGGUGCCCUAUGUUACGUAUGAUGAGGACUACCAAGAACUCAUUGAAGAUAUUGUCCGAGAUGGUAGAUUAUAUGCAUCAGAAAAUCACCAAGAAAUACUGAAGGACAAGAAGCUAAUGAGGGCUCUGUUUGAUGUACUGGCACACCCUCAAAACUAUUUCAAGUACACAGCUCAAGAGUCGAGAGAGAUGUUUCCAAAGUCAUUCAUUCGGUUCCUGCGCUCCAAAGUUUUGAGGUUUCUUCGGCCAUAGAAGCAACUCAGAAGGGCCUCAUUCUUGAGACACUUCUUGUUUUUAAUUUGUUCACCUUCUGACAGACAAAAGAAUUAAAAGCCACAAGAAAACUGUCACAAGACGCCCAUAGGACUAAUUUGCGAACUGAGCUUCAGGGGAAGACUGAUGCCAUAUGGAUAAUUUAUACUAAUCCUUGUGUGGAGCUUAUUGUGGACUCAAGAAGCAAGAAAAGACCAUAGUCACCCUAAAAGGCCCGCUGGGAGUUUACAGCUUUUUAAAUUGGGAAUUUAAACACUUAGUAUUUAUCACAGACCAGCUUAAGGGCAGUGUUCCAAAACAGACUUGUAAAUUGUUCAUCUAUCACCUAUCUACUAUGUUUUUAAAAUAGUUUUAUUUUCUAAUUAGGAUUUAACAUUGGCAGAAAAGAGUAUGUAUCCUGGAUCAGAGUUUUUAACAUAAAGACAUCAUUGUUUUUUAGUUGGGUUUGUUUCUGAGAAUUAAGUCCACUUUGGAAAACUGCUCUUGCAAUAGGGAAGCCUAGUGGUUAUUAGUGCUCUAGCUGGAUAUAGUUUAAAAAUGUUACAAACCCAAUUAUAUCAUUAGGGUUCUUUAUGACUUAAUUAUUUAGGGGUGCUGUGGUGUGUACUAAACCACAUGAGUUACAGGAGGUGUUUCUUAAUGGUUCUUUUAAAAAUUGCUUUUUUUAUAAAAUGAAAAAAAAAAUUGUAAAAGAAAUCUCAACACUGUCAAACUCAUGGCUUCACAGAUAGAUGCAGGAAUCAUGACAGUUAGACAUUUAGGACCGAGGGGAGAAGAUUUACCUCUUAAGCAAAAAACACAAACAACAAGCAGUAAUAAACAGAAAGGAACAUGCUGUCCCUUUUGUGGGAAAUAAUAUUUCACUUUUACACAAAUUUAUGUUUAGCUACAAAAUAACAUUGUUUUAUUCAUUUUCACAUUAAAAACAGGAUUAUUAUUUGAUAUGUUAAAGGCAGUUACUGCAUCGUAUACAAAUAUAAUCCAGUUCCAAGCAGGAAAUUCUUUAACAUGGAAACAAAACAUCACACCGGGGGCUGUUUGACUAUUCAUUUUAUAGCUGUCUAUUUGAAAGAGCUCUCAGAUAACCCUAAUGAUUAUGUAAUGAAAAUUGGAAGAGCUGGCCAUGUAGGUUUGAAGUUUUAUUACCAAAAGCCUUCUAGUACAAAUAACAAAAUGGAAAAACAGUAAGUGUUCAAUUCUGUUUAGAAAAGUCUAGAGUAGCAUACACUUUGUCUCGUGAAUAAAAGUGACUAUUUCUUUAACAUACUUAGUUUUAAAUGUAGCAUAUAUUUUUGCACAUGUACUUUUUACUAGAAAAUGUUUUAACCCCCCUUUUAAACAGAGAAGAUGUGUUUACAUUUGGAUUACAUUAAGUCCUGUCAUUUUGUGCAUGAUUGCCAAGUAAAAAAAUAAGUGAAGCUUGAUUUGUUUUCACAACUUUGAAUACUCAAGAAAGUAAUAUUCCAAUAUUCAUAUGUGUCUGAUAUGCCUCAAGUAUUUUCUUGUAUAAAUUGGGGAAUUAUUCUAGAAACAUUUCAGAAAAUGUGUGCUUGGAGACUUUAAGAGUUAACCAACUACAGUUGAUUGGCUGAGACAGUGUCGGUGAGACAGUAUUAUCACAAAAGGUUUCCCAACUUGCUCAUUGCUUAUUGCAAGUUUUCCUAAAACUUAUUUUUUCCUUAAAAGUUGAACAUGACAUGUACAUCUUGUAUAAAAGUGAUUGAAAUUUGGAAGUGUACAUUUUUUGGAAAGCAGUGCAGGGGACAAUUUAGCUAAAGGAAUGACUUCUACUUCAGAAAACCUGUAACAGUUGUAGUCUUCAUUUUUUUUAGUACCACAUGGGAAGGAGGGAUUUUCUUAGACUUAUUUUCUCUGAAUGGCUAUUGUAAAUUAUGUAAAAAGGUUGUAGGAACAGUAGUAAUGAUGAUGUAUUUGAGUAAGUUACAUUCUUAAAACUGUAUGAUCUGUUAAGGUAUAUAAUUGUGUGAAACAUCUUUUUUGUAUUGAGGUUCUUAUAUCCCAAACAUUUCCUACCAAAACAGAACUGAAUGGUACAGAUAAAGCAAGAUUCAGGUAAAACAUAUUCAUGUUGUUAGAUGCUUGUACAAGCAGGGCCAGAAUAGCAGCUGGUGUUUGGUGGGGUUAGUCUGUAACUUUACUUGUUAGGUUUCCAGUCAAACUGUGCUUUUCCAUUUUUAGACAUAAUACAUAACUUGGUCUAGUAUAAUAUGGCACCGGUGGAAAAGUGGUUUAGUGUGUCAAGAUACACCUGUGACACUGAACAAAAUUCAUUUCACAGUCUUAAAUUCUGUGUUGCUGUGUCAACCCCAGUUUUAGUUUUUAGUUAUAUGCAAAAGUAAACUGACAAUUUGUUUUGUUUUUAUGAUGGGUUUUAUAUUAGUCUGUGAACUUGUAGCAUAAAUUGAUAGUUAUCUUGCAGGCUAUUACAUUGGCUGCUUUUGCAAGGGAAUUUCCACAACUAGUAUGGAACGGUCAAUCUGAAUUCAGCCAACACCCUCCUCACACUGUGUCCUAGUGAUUGGUAUGACGGCUAAUCUGAAAUAUGAAGAUCCAACCAGUGUACAAACUUGUCAAGGUACAGUUAAAUGACGUCAGCUGUGAUGUUGACAUCCCAGGUUGGUUAGCAGUGGUUACUAAAAUAAAAUGGCUAGAUUUCCUAGGAAAUACAUUCCUGUCCAUAUUUUGUAUAUGUAUGCCAGAUGUUAUUGUAAAUAAAGGUAAAUAAAUAAUGUGUAUUUUUCCAUCCAUUCAUCAGUACACUGCUUAUUCCUAGUAAGGACUGCAGCAGUCUGGAGCCUAUUGUGGCAGUUUAGGGCCUGAAGCUGGAUUGUACACUGGACGAGACAGCAGCCCAUUGCAGGACUCGUGUACAAAGGGGGCAGUGCCUCUUCAGGAGGUGAGAGCGAUUUGGAGCACCCAGCAAUAACCCAGGCAAGCUCCAAACAGAAUACACGCUACCCUGGACCCGAGAGCAAGCACUAAUCACCAUGCCACGCUUCUUCAAUUUGACUUUCUUCACGCAAUGCAAGGUGUUGCACUUUGUCCUGUAAAAAUUCUAUAAAAGGAGCUUUCAACAUUUUUUUUUUCAACAUUUGUCUGGAGUCACCCAAAGUAAGACGUCCAUUGAUACAUGAAUAUUGAAUUUGUCUGUUAUUACUAAAGGUGGAGCUACACAGAGUUAAAAUCAUUUUAAAGUCAACAGAUCCUGAGAAAGUGUCCUGCAGCGGAGAUGCUUGUGACUUCAUGUCCACGCUACGACGUGGGCUCAGGUUUCCCUGUGUGUGAGGACCGAGGAUUCACAGCGGACCGGGAGCAGUGGCUGAAUAACCAUCGUCAAUCAUAAUAAACAACGCAUACUCUGAAUCGUUGUACAGUAUACCCAUUGUGCACAGUCGCCAUGUCUGCGGUACCACCCAUCGUGAUCAUUCCACUUGCGGAACGCAAGGUGGCGCUAGAGUACUCACCACCGUGCGGAGUCUUCGCAGUUACAAAUUAUCGCGAUAUCUGACUCUUGGCAGCGAUUGGACGGGAGAGUUAAAGCCUCCAGUUUCAAAAGGGUGUUGGGUGGACAUUUGCGAUAAAGACUCGGAGGGGUUUUCCAAAUGGCAUUUCAUCUUUUGUGAAGUAGGUGUAAAUCGUAAAAACCGAAAAAGGAGCUACUAUAAGUAUCUAAAGCUGCCUUUCAAACCAUUUUUGCCUGCCAAGCUGACAGAACACAUUCCCAAAUCUUUAGAUGCUAUGAGAAGAAAGGAUCUAACCAAAGGAGGUCAAUUCAUCUGCUCAAAGGAGAGAGGGGGGGAUAUUUUUUAAUUUAGGGGAACCUGAUAUUUUUGUGCUUUGGAAAAUUGCCGGAUCGUACAGAGUUUUCAAAUAGCAUGGAAAAUGAAGAAAAUGAAGCACAAAAUGGGUCAGAACUGGAUGACAGCCUGACUAACAUUAAUUGGCUGGGAAGGUUCUCUUGUGCUGGAAUGAUCCCAGAACAAAAGAAGAAAGUUACUACAAGAACCAAGUUCGUGAAACCACCAAAAUGUCCUUUGGUUAAGCGUCCCCCACACUCUUAUUCUGAACUUAUAAAGCUAGCCCUGAACAGCACUCCAGGAAAAAGGCUGACACUCCAGCAGAUCUAUGCCUGGGUGGAGGAGCAUUUUCCUUAUUACAAAAACUAUGCCAACCCUGGGUGGAAGAAUUCUAUCCGACACAGCCUGUCAAUCCGGGAUAUUUUCAUACGGGAGACAGAAGGAAACGGCAGGAGCUCCUUUUGGACAGUGAAAGCCCAACCGGAACCCAGCGUCUUUCCAUCAUUAGAGUCAAGUAAUAUCGGAGUCCCAAGUGUGUCAGUAGGAAAAAAAGGUGCUGUGAAGAAAAUGCAGCCUUUGUUGCCCCAUGGCAUUGUGCCCUGCCUGGUCCCCGUUUCAGUCUUCAUAAACCCCUCAGCUCUCUGCCAGGUGGCGCCACACGAGCCUCCUCACAGCACCCAGACUGUCACUGCACAGAGAGCGAUUGCUCCGAAGAUUUCUAUCACCAUAAGUGCCCACACUGCAUUUAGUCCUCAAGUACCUGCUAUAAGCCAAGCAUUACGGGAGCCCAUCAUAACCAAUAGCAGGAAUAAAUGCACCCAGCAGAGGCUUCAUCAGAAACGGAAGCAAAAACUUCAGCCCUUAAAGGAUCCAGGACUGCUUUCGCAGGACCAACCUGGCUUCGCAAAUGACUCGGGGUUAGACAGUGAGAAUAACGUGUCUUUGGAACCUAAGGUGGACAGUGAAAUAUUCGCAACAUCUCCUUUUAAAACACCUAAAAAGAAAAACAUGGAAUGUUUGGCCACAUCAACACCAGGCGCAGAUCCUGCUCUGUUUUUGCGGAGUGUCCCACUGCCAGGAGGAGAGACACCAACUAAAUCUCUGGAUAGCUUACUUGGUGACAGUUUCUUUAAGUCUCCCGGUGGUGAGAGUCUAGAGUAUGAAAGCCUUGGGUUUACACCCCUCGCAGAAAAUGCUAGGUCCAGCCUUGAGGGUAAUAACAGUGAGAAGGAUCUGUCCGAGUUCGCUUUCCUUGGCUUGACUCCCAUUAAAGCAACUAUGGCUUCCGAGGAGCCAGGGCUGGACCACAAGAAUGAGGGCCUGGCGCGAGUCUUUGCUGACUUCACUCUUCCAGACAUCGACGAGGACACAGACCUGGCCACUAUCAGCUGGGCAGCAUUUACGUCGGAUGGUAGCUAAUUCUGUGCUGCAUCAUUGGGUAUAAUUUAAUUGUGAACAAUGUCAUGUGACAGGAUUGCUAUGUAGUGUACAGUAAAUCCGGGCUUGAAAAGUCAUUAAGCUGCUAAAACAGUAUGUGAAGAUAAAGUCUAGCAGGGAUGUGUAAUAUACUGGUGAAGAUUAUUUUAUGGAAAUGUAUUUAGGCAAAACUGUAAUUUAUAGUUGUGGAAAGAACUGCCUUCUGUGAUAAAGUCCAUGGUGUCAGCUUUUUUUGGUUUGCAUUUGUCUCGGUUCCAGGUCUUGAACACCUUAUUCAAAAUGGAAGGCUUUCAUUGUUAUGUGAUUUAAAAAAUAAACACUUUGAGAACAUAAUUUACAACUCAUCUAGCUCACUUGAUUAAUCCCAAUAUCCCAUCCAGGUCUUCCUUAAUAUAAGCUUGUUCAAAAAACCCUUAUUCAAGAUCUCGUUUCUAAAUUUCCUGUCUAAUUAGGCUGUCUGUUAGAAUACUAAAUCUGUAUAUAUGACUAAUUUAGUUAGAAUUGUCAGCUCCAUAUGUGUGACUGUAAUUACAGACCAACAGUUACUCCUAUGACAUGAUUCUCUUUUGUCACCAUGUUAUGGAAGGAUGCUGCUUCAGCGGUUUUCCAGUCAGUGUAUGUUAUCCAUGUCUUGAGUGACAUUGAAAUGAGGUAGUUAAUAAGAACCCUCAUUUCCGUUAGUGCAAUUGGUAGUAUAUCAUCUGGCCCUGGAGAUUUAUCUGACAUGUAGCUAGUAGCAGGGAAACUUCCGCCACUUCUGUGUUACUACAAUUUUAUACUCUUUCCUGGGCAGGAGGCAAUUUUCUUCAUCCUUUACAGUUCUUUUGUUGUUGCAGUGUUUUGGCGGGAAAACCUUUCCUUUUCAUUGUGAUAUUCUUUCAUUUCUCUGUUGGCUUUUCUUACAUUUUUUUUAAACUUGUUUGCAACUUAUUGUGCUGAUUUGUAAAUCAUUCUAUAAAGUGCUUUCUUUCUCAUUUUUCUUGAAUGACUAACUAAUUGGGCCACUGCUUUCUAGACUUUGACUUCAGGGAUUGACCUGUACAUGUAAGCAGAAUUUGCUCUCAUUCAAUGGUAGUGACUCGUAUCUCAUGUUACGUCUCAGUUUUGUAACAAUCCUGUCUCACUUCCUUUAUAACCCACUUUGUAUACUACCUUUACAGUUUCAGAAUAUACUUCAAAGCAUGUCAUAUUUUGAUGUAAUGGUUAUAUCACCUCUAUUUUCCUCAUAGUCUCCUGAUUGUUCAAAAAGACCAGUAUGUGCCUUGACAAACUAAGAAAGCUAGCAAUGUGUCAUUUCAAUCUCAUCUUCCAGUGUCCCUGAUGGUUUUCCUCAGUCUUUGUUGGGGAAAAUUAAAAUCUUUCAUGAAAGCCAA